AAAAGCUUUCUUCUUCUUCAUCUCUGUAUCUCUCUCACGCUCUCUCUCUCCCUCGUGCGCUACUCUGACAAAGACUUCAGAGAGAGAUUCUCAGAUAACUUUUUAUUUUCAAUGGCCGCCGGAGGAAUAGGAGGAGUAGAUGGAGGAGGAGGAGGAGGAGGAGGAGGAUCUUCAGGACGAACUCCGACGUGGAAAGAGAGAGAGAACAAUAAGAAGAGAGAAAGGAGGAGAAGAGCUAUCACUGCUAAGAUUUACUCUGGUCUUAGAGCUCAAGGUAACUAUAAGCUUCCUAAACACUGCGAUAACAACGAGGUUCUUAAAGCUCUUUGUCUCGAAGCUGGUUGGAUCGUUGAAGACGACGGCACCACUUAUCGCAAGGGUUUUAAGCCACCAGCAGCAGCAUCAGAUAUGUCAGGGACACCUACAAACUUGAGCACAAAUUCAUCAAUCCAACCAAGUCCACAAUCAUCAGCUUUUCCAAGCCCUGCACCUUCUUACCACGGAAGUCCAGUCUCAUCUUCAUUCCCUAGUCCAUCUCGCUACGACGGGAACCACUCCUCUUACCUACUCCUACCGUUUUUACACAACAUCGCUUCUUCUAUUCCUGCAAACCUCCCACCUCUUAGGAUAUCCAACAGUGCGCCUGUGACUCCUCCGUUGUCUUCUCCUACUUCUCGUGGUUCUAAGCGGAAACUCACUUCAGAACAAUUAUUACCAAAUGGCGGCGGGUCUUUACACGCUUUGAGGCAUCCGCUUUUCGCUAUCUCAGCUCCAUCUAGUCUACUCGUCGUGCUGGUCACCAAACACCACCUACGAUACCUGAAUGUGAUGAGUCAGAGGAGGAUUCGAUCGAGGAUUCAGGGCGGUGGAUUAAUUUUCAAUCUACGGCUCCUACUUCACCAACGUUUAAUCUUGUUAAGCAAACAUCGAUGGUCAUUGAUAUGAAAAGAUCAGAUUGGGGAAUGAAUGGGAGAGGUGCAGAGUUUGAGUUCGAGAAUGGAACAGUUAAGCCUUGGGAAGGUGAAAUGAUUCAUGAAGUUGGCGUUGAAGAUCUUGAACUCACUCUCGGUGGCACUAAAACCCGAUGCUGAAUAAAAAAUCAACCCAUGAAGAAGUCAGAGCAAAUCUUGUGACCAUAACAGAGCAAAUCUUCAGCAUUGUACAGUACAUUGGAGCCGGAGCUUGCAAGAGCCGAGGAUGGGUCAAAAAGGGUCGAACCUCUUAACAUACCGUUUACAUUCACCGUUUAUACUUAAAUUGUCACUGUGAUGAUGGUGCAUUAAAAUGUUCUUAGAGAUAAAUAAUAUGGGGUUUGUUGAUCACAGGAUAAAAGAUUGGGUUUUGGGAAAGAUAAAUUUGUAGAGAGAACUUAAUAGUGUAUUAAGCUAUUUUUAUCUUUACAGAUAUAGUUAUUAUGAAAACCAUUUUGCUUUCCA